AUGAGUGAGAAAAGAAUGGGACAAAACAUGGAAACCACAGAUGGGCAGUACUUGAGACUGAUUGAACUACUUGCAAACUACGAUUCAGCCUUAGAGCAGUUGCAAAAAGGUUUUCAGGACGGGUAUAUUCAAUUGAGCAGAUCAAACUACUAUAAUAAGGAUUCUUUACGAGGAAACUAUGGGAAAGAUUAUUGGGAUAAAAAUUACACUGGCCAAUUAAUGGCCAUUGUGGAAGAAAAGAGCUCUAAGCCUGUUUUUGAUAUAGUGAAAAGAAAAGUUCAAGAUACUCACGAGAACGAAAAAGAACAAGAUAAUACAUUGAUUCACAGAAAGAAAGGACCCAAAUCAAAUGAACAAAAAGCACAAAUUCCUAAACUGAAACAAGAUUACGACCCAAUUUUAAUGUUUGGGGGAGUGUUGUCCGUUCCUUCCUCAUUGAGACAAUCUCAGACAAGUUUCAAAGGUUGUAUUCCUUUGAUAGCUCAAUUGAUUAACUACAGAAAAGAAUUAUUAACGUUAGCCGAGAUAUUGUCUGAGCAAAAGUAA